UGUCCGCCCAGCGAUUGGAGAACAUAGACGCGGUUUGAGUCUUCUUUCUGUAGCCGCCUCGACCCAAAACCUAGGGUUUCCGAACUUAGCUUUCUUUGAUCUGCGAUCUUCGAUUUUCGAUUUUUUUUCCUCAAUCGAACAUCAGAUUGUUGAAUUCUCACCUUUGUUCUGUUAGGAUCCGGAUUUUUUCCAUACAUUUUUUGGUCAUUUGAGUAGGAAGGAGGAUGUCUCGAUGCUUUCCUUACCCGCCUCCAGGGUAUUUUCCAAGGAGGACAGUCGAUGAGGCCUUGAUCGAGUCGACUAAGCUCCAGAGAGAAAAGAAGGCCAAGGAAGACAGACAUCAGAAGGACAGGAAAGAGAGAAAGAGAGAGAAGAAAGAGAAGAAGGAGAAGAAGAGGGAGAAAAAAGAGAAAGAGAAGGGCAAGGAUAUAGCCAGUGACAUCGGUGAUGGUAACCUCAAUGACAAGAAGGGGCAGUCUCAAAGGAUUAGAAAAGAUGAAGCUGAGCAGUUGGAGAAGAGUGAUCUCACUGAAGAAUAUGGACAGCCUAUCUAUUCACAGAACUCCUGCCAUUCAUCUGACAGCACCCAGAACAGCCGCAAGAGGAAAAGGGAUACCUCACUCUCAAGUGGCAGCAGUAAUCAUGGGAACAUUAUUCGGUUACGUCUGCCACUUCCAAAGCCCAAAGAACCGGAGGCAUCACUCACCAAAGAGCAGAACUGCUCAGAACGGCUGCCACUUCCAAAGGACUAUGGACCUGAGGCAUCACUCGGCAAGGAACAGAGCAGUUCCAUGCGACUGCCACUCCUAAAGCACAAGGAACCUGAGGCAUCAGUCAGCAAGGAACACAGCAGUUCCAUGCGGCUGCCACUCCUAAAGCGCAAAGAACCUGAGGCAUCAGUCAGCAAGGAACAGAGCAGUUCUAUGCAGCUGCCACUUCUAAAGCACAAAGAACCUGAGGCAUCACUCAACAAAGAGAAGAGCUGCUCUAUAUCAAAGCACAAAGAACCUGAAACAUUACUCAGAAAAGAACAGAACCGCUCAGUAUGGAUGCCACUUACAAAUCUGAGAGAGCCUGAGGCAUCACUGAGAGCGGAGAGCUGCAGUACCUCUGGAAGGGUGGAUUUACCUGCCCAACAAAAGUAUGAAAUAUCUGGUCAAUCUAUUGAAGCGCCACCAAUCUUUUCUAUGAGAACCAGUACUGUUGACCAGAAACUCAACCCUGACCAGCAAUUGCUUUGUUCAACCUCCAAGGUGCCUGAAAUUGUUGUACAAAAUGAUGCCAAUGCCAGCAAAGGAUCAAGGUCAAGCAAAAGUAAGAAGCAGAGAGCAGAAUCUCGGUAUAAAGCUCUAGUAGAGGACUGGGUCCCUCCGCUGUUGCAGGCUGAGCAGACUGAUUUGGAUGAUCAAGAAUGGCUAUUUCAAAAACAUGGAGACAGGCACGAGAGUAAGCGGCAUGAAACUAUCAACUAUGACCUGAGUUAUGGAAGCUGGCCUCGCGCACAGUAUCUUCCGGAGGCUGAUGUAUAUGCAUUGCCUUAUACUGUCCCUUUUUAAAUUUUGGCGGACCUUAUAAAUCUUGUAUAUAAAGAAUCAUAACAUUGACUCCAAAUUUGUCAGCGGUGCAGACGAUUUUAUAAAGAAUCAUGGUACACCCCUCUUUAUGGUUUUAUGCCA